AUGCUGCUUCUCAAUUCAAUACGGCAGGCGCUCAGACUAGGAAAUAGACUGCCAGCUAGCCUACCAGUGGUUGUGCCCAAGAGAAACGCACUCAGAAACAAGCUACGGCCCAUCCCACAGGAACAAGAUGAAGGUAAACAUGAGAUCCAGGUCAAAGCAGGUCCUUUGUACGACUUGGUCAGACCCAGUUCAGUCAACAGGUUCCCAAGAGACAGUGCUGGUAAUGUGUUGCUAGGGAUUAAAGCAGUUCAUGAUUCAAAUGCUUACAAGAGAGAUUUCAGAAUAACUGAAUAUUUCUAUAAACUUCAAAGGAAAUUGGAAAAUUACAGACCGUUGUAUUCAAGAGAUUAUUUCCAUUUGAAAGAUUUUUUGGAGAAUGUUAAUGUUCAAUUGGGUCCUGGGGGUCAUGAAUUAUUGCUCAACUUGAUGGUUUAUAUUGUGGAAAAUAACCCAAAUCAUAUCAUUGAUAAGGCAAUAUUAAUUGAAUUGUCCAAAGCUUUCAUAUCCAAAGAUUUGAAACUAGAGUUUAGACUAUUGGUCAAUUAUAAAUUAGUAUUGGAGAUGCUAGAAUCAAGGCGUUAUUUUGACAAGUUAAACCCAAAGGAUAUUUUACAAAUUGUUUAUAAACCAUUCAUAACACCAAUGAAAAAAUCAAAUUAUUUAACAAGGGUUCAAACUAUAGAAAAUGCUUUAAAAUUCAUUGAUAUGAAUUCAAUGGAGAAUUAUCAACAUGAAAAAUAUCUCAAGACAUUGAAACAAGAUCUUGUGGAUACAUUAACCAUGUCUAUAGAGACCAUGGAUCUUGAAAAAAUUGAUUCAUUUUGGGAGAUCUUAACAACAAAUUAUACUAAAAUUUCACCUGAAGAGUUCCAUAAUUUGUUUAAUGCUUCAUUACAAUCUUCAGAAUAUGAAAUGAUUUUAAGAUUAUUAUCAACUGGGAAGUUUGCCUCAAUGGCUCAAGGAAUUUCUCAAUUGCAAAAAAUUCAGUUGGCAAGAUUAUAUGCUUCAAAAGGUGAUAUUGAUGGUUUUUUCAAAGUGUUCAAAUAUGAUAAAACUAGUAAUACCCCAUUGGAAAAAUCACAAAUUGUGGAAGUUUUCUAUAAUUGUGAUUUACCAAUCCAUGAUAUUUUCAAAUUGGUAAAUUAUUUAUCCAAUAAAGAAGAAAAUUUGGUGACUCGUGAUUAUGAAUUUUUAGUUAAAUGGAUAAAAGAACCAUUAAUCAACUUACCCAAAUUACAAGUAUUAGAUGUUAUCGAAUCAUUUGAUUUUUCAAUCAUUGAAAAUUCGGAAUUGAAUGAUAACGUCAAGACAUUAUACAUGAAUUUAUACCUCAAGGCUAUAACUAAAUUAACAAAUUCAUCAGGUGUUAUAGAUGCUUAUUGUCAAUUACCAUUAGCUUUAGCAAACUUAGAAACUUUCCAAAUAAUUUUAAACUCAUUCUCUGCAAAUCCAAUGAAUCAUCCAGAAACUUCAAGUGAAAUUUUCAGAUUUGCUCAUAAUUAUUGUAAAUUACAAUUCACAUCAAAAGAAUAUGCAAUAUUAAUUAAUAAUUGUUUUAAUUUGAAAAGAGAUGAUUUUGAUUUAAAACAAUUGGUUUAUUAUUUAUAUAAUUAUUUUACAAAACUUAAAACCACAACUUUAGAUAACAAGAUUUAUGAAUUAAUCCAUAUAGAAUCAAUAGAUAGUGAUGUGAGAGAUUUAAAAGAUAAUUCAUUAAGAAGAUCAAGAUAUACAAAAUAUGAAGAAAUUGCCAAAAUUUUAUUAGCUCAUGAUAAAGAAAUUCUAAUGGAUCCAAUUGAUUUAUUAGAUUCAUUAAGAUCAAAAGAUGUGAUUAAUUCAAUGCAUUUUAAUGAUUUUGAUCCUAAAAAAAUGAGUAUAGAUGAAUAUUUUGAAUAUUAUUAUGAUCCUAUUGAUAAAAAACAUCAAAACCCUUACGAUUCCAGAGACUCAAAUCAAUUAAGGAAAAGACAUGAUUUAUAUUACAAUUCUGUUGAAGAAUGA